AUGGACGCUCUGCAUUUAGCUUGCCAUCUCCCGGGUGGAAUUACCUCGCCAUCAGGGCUUUGGGAUUAUGUUUACAACAAGAAAUCUGCACAAUGCACUGUGCCGCUGGAUCGGUAUAACAUUGAGGGUUUCUACCAUAAGGACGGAAGCAGAGCCGGUGUUAUGAGUGUCGAUGGUGGAUAUUUUAUUCAAGAAGAUGUUCGCAAGUUUGACCCUUCAUUCUUUGGCAUCAACAACCUCGAGGCUUCUUACAUGGACCCUCAACAGCGAAAGCUGCUUGAGGUGGUCUAUGAGUGCUUUGAGAACGCCGGUCUAUCUAUGGAAGAUGUGUCUGGCUCCAAUACAGCAGUCUUUGUUGGCAACUUUACAGUGGACUACUCGGUAAUGCAAUCCCGUGAUACAGAUUAUGUUCACCGGUUAGCCGCCACAGGUGGUGGUACCUCGAUCAUGUCGAACCGUAUUAGCCACGUCUUUAAUCUCCAUGGCCCAAGUUUCACUCUUGACACCGCUUGUUCUUCCACCAUCUACGCUCUCCACCAGGCUGUGAAUGCUAUCAAGAAUGGUGAUUGCGACGCUGCAAUUGUCGCAGGCGCUAAUCUGAUUACAUCUCCCGAGCAACAUUUCGGAACGGCAAAGGGCGGCUUUCUUUCGCCAACUUCGGCUUGUCACACAUUUGAUACAUCAGCGGAUGGUUAUGCGCGUGCAGAGGCCCUCAAUGCCAUCUACAUUACACGACUGUCAUCUGCGAUGAAAAGUGACCGCAAGAUACAUGCAGUUAUUCGCGGAACGGCCAUAAAUGCCAACGGCAAAACUCCUGGUAUUACCCUCCCGGAUGCCAAGAUGCAGGCAGCGGUCAUUAGAAAGGCAUACCAGAACGCGGGCCUUUCUUUUGCUGAUACGGAUUAUGUCGAGUGCCAUGGCACUGGUACUCCGGUUGGUGAUCCUAUAGAAGUCGAUGGCAUCGCGGCCUGUUUCGCGGGCCGCGAGGGUGAGCCACUAAGAAUCGGAUCGGUCAAAACAAACAUGGGCCAUAGCGAAGCCGCCAGCGGGUUGACAUCCAUCAUCAAAGUAGCCCUUGCUUUUGAGCACGGCAUGAUUCCACCUACCUACGGUGUAAAGAACCUGAAUCCCAAGUUGAAACUGAAGGAGCGCAACAUGAAGGUAUUGACCGAAGUUGAGGCAUGGCCCAGGGCACUUCGACGUGCUGGUGUCAAUUCCUUCGGCUAUGGUGGUGCGAACGGCCACGUUAUCCUUGAGUCCAUUGAUAGUUAUUUCGUCGGCUCUCUGGUCUCCUCUCCAAUUACGAGGGCCCUAUCAAAUCCCUAUGAAUCAGAAAAGGACUAUGUUGUCGUAAUCCCAUUCUCCGCCUCAUCAGGCAAAUCGUUGGAGGCUCGCCGCAAGCAGGCUAUUGAGACAGUGGAAAAGACUGAGGCAAGCGCUUUGAAGCCACUUGCUGCUGCCAUGAGCAAACGACAGACCAAAAUGCGCCUACGAGACUAUGUGCUUGCUUCCGCAAGCUCCAACUCUCAGCCAUCGUUGAUCGAUAUGACUGAUGUCGGUGACAAGGCAAGCCCAGGCACACAACCUCUUCCAUUUGCCUUUGUCUUUACUGGUCAGGGUGCACAAUAUGCAAACAUGGCCAAAGAACUGGUGGAGCAAGAUUUUGGUUUCCUAACCAGUAUUCGGGAUCUUGACGAGGUCUUGCAAUCUUUGCCCGCUGAGUACAAGCCAUCUUGGACUUUGGAGCAAACGAUUCUCGAUAAACCUGCUACGAGCAAGAUCAACGAUGUUACCCGUAGCCAGCCAAUUUGCACCGCCGUCCAGGUUUCUCUCGUUAAUAUGUUGCAAAGUUGGGGGGUUAGUCCAUCGGCUGUCAUUGGUCACUCUUCUGGCGAGAUUGCUGCAGCAUACGGAUCCGGCUUGCUUACUGCGUCUGAGGCCAUCCUGGCAGCCUAUUUCCGAGGCUUUGCUGUGGGCCAGCUUCAGUCUCGCGGAGCCAUGAUGGCUGUAGGAAUUACCCCGGAUGGGGCUAUUGCGUUGAUUGAGCAGCUUGGACUCAAGGAAGUUCGAGUUGCCUGUGUGAAUGCUCCUGAGAGUGUUACCUUGAGCGGCGCUGUCAAGGAUAUUGACUCCCUCCAAGCUAAGCUGCAGAAGGAGAAAAAAUUUGCUCGCAAGCUUGAGACUGGUGGCCGUGCUUACCACUCUCACAUGAUGGCUGAGAUUGGUGACUUGUACGAGUCGCUAGUUACUCCGUAUAUCACCGUCAAGAAGGUCGCUGAAAUGGAAGUCAAGAUGUUCUCAACAGUUGGUCACUCAAUUGAUGCCCUUGGCACCGUUGAUCUCUCUACAGAAAUGGCAUCGUAUUUCCGGAAGAACCUUGAGCAGCCAGUUCAAUUCAGUGCGGGAUUGGCCAAUAUGAUAACUAGUAACAAGUAUCACUUGAUCGAAAUCGGGCCUCAUUCAGCUCUUAAAGGGCCUAUUCAGCAGAUACGAACCAGCGCGAAGCGCGACAAGGAAGGUGUCCCCUAUUCUCCCACACUCGUCAGAAAAGAGAAUUCUUACGUCUGCUUGAAGAAGCUGGCAGGUACUCUCUUCUCCUAUGGCCACAGCCUGGAUUGGUAUGCCGUCAACAAUGUCCCGCGUUAUCACGCGCUGCCAACUCCACCUCUCGCCUCUUAUCCUUGGGAUUACUCCAAGCCGCUGCCAUGGCAUGAGCCUCGAGCCAGCGUUGAGCACCGUCUUCGAAAGCAUGUCCGUCACGAGCUCCUUGGCACGCGAGCCACUGCUGGCAAUGGCAUUGAAUGGUGCUGGCGCAACAUCCCACGAAUGUCCGAGAUGCCAUGGCUGCGCGAUCACAAGCUGGGAGAAUCGCAGGUUGUCCUACCUGGCGCAGCAUAUAUGGCGAUGGCUAUCGAAGCCUUUUCACAGGUUCAUGAGAUUAAAGGCAAACUAAUUGCAGGAGAGCCGUUCUCUUUUGAGUUUGAGAAUGUAAACAUUAGCGCAGCAUUUGUUGUGCCUGAUGAGAACGAUGCCGAGGCGGACAAGACUGAGCUUCACACACUGAUGUCUCCCCGCAAAAUUUCUACCGCAAACAUAUCCGGUAACUGGCAUGAGUUCUCUAUCUCGUCUUGGGUAUCUGGAAUUGCCACGUUGCACUGCAUGGGUAGCAUUCGAGUGAUGGAGUCAACUUUGAAGCCCAAGGAUGGGUCAGUCAUGAUUUCGGGUAAUGGUCAUGAAGUCUGGGGUAUGAGCCGCUGGUACGCCAAAGCAAAGGAAGAGGGACUCAAUUUUGGACCGACGUUCCAGUCGUUGACGAGUCUCCAUACUGACGGCAACCGGACAUCGACAGAUUCUAUCGCAACUACACUGCUAGACCCGCCUUCUGCAGCCGCCACUGGCAUGUUCUAUGCCGUACAUCCUAUCACCAUUGAUGCUUGCUUUCAGGCAACUAUCAUGGGCGGUACGGCUGGUAACAUCAACACGCUGCGAGCUUACGUUCCAGUCUUUGUUUCAAGCUGUUCGAUUCAAAUUCCCCGGGGAGGUUCUGCCAGCCUGGGCGAGGAAGAAGUCAGGAUUCAUUCACGCAUGGAAAAGACGGGCUUUUCGACUCGGGCUGUUUCUUUCACUCUGCGGCUGCCAGACGGUACGCCAGUCAUCGACAUGCCUCACCUGCGAAUGAAUGAAUAUACUGGAAAGGCCCCGGUUGAACCGGAGACUAGCAUCUAUCUCCAACGUCAGCCAUGUCUUCGAGUGCAAUGGAAACCGGAUGUAUUACGACUCCGUCCAGGUUCUGACGGUGCCAUUCGAGAGUACAUUGCCUCGUUUGCGGCUCAGCAGUCAGACGACCUGAAGGAUAACGGCGCCCUUGUUGUAUUCGCAGCUCUACUCGAUCUCUUUGGCCACAAGGUUCCUCGUAUGAGUGUGUUGGAACUGGGACAAGAGAGUCAGUGGACUCCCAAGGAUUGCCAGUCAAUUCUAGGCAAAGGUACUGCGUUCCCGCGGUUCCGAUUGUGGAACGAUGGGAAGCUUGGAGAUAACAGCAAGAUUAUCGUGGACAACGCCAAAAAUUCCGAUUCCUACGAUGUUGUGCUCAUUCCUCAUCUUUCUGUUUCGAAUAAGAUUUGGGCUGAAGCCGCAGAUGCGAUUAUCUCUCUGAUUUCCGACGAUGGUAUCAUCAUUACUCGUAGGAGUAAGGAUGUCGUUUCUGCUCUCAAGACUAGCGGAUUUGUGGUUCUAGAGCUCCCUAAUGAGACUCUCGUAGCCGUGCGUAGCCCCAAGCAAACAGGCUUGGAAAAUAAGGAAGUGGUCAUCGUCAAGCCUAACGAGGCUUCUCCAUCCAUCAACUCCCUCGCAACCGCUGUGGCGACUCAUCUAAAGAAUGCCGGUGUUGUGCAGUUAAGAACGGUAACAAUUGACAGCAUCGAGACCGUGAAUCUCAACUCCCAAGUUGUUUGCGUAUCACUACUGGAAAUGGAGCAUGAGUUUCUUGCAACUAUUAACAGCGAGGACAUGGACCGCUUCCGCAAAAUCACAGACAACGUGGGCGACCUUUUGUGGCUGACGGGAGCAAACAUGCUAUCUACUCCCAAUCCCGACCUCACCUUGUCUAGUGGUCUCUCGCGAGCACUGAUGCUGGAGCAGCCAGCUCUACGAUACGCUAUUUUGGAUGUCGGAGCUGAUAUUUCCAAGCCUAACUCUAUGGAGCUCAUCUGCAAUAGCGUCUCAGCAUCUUUGGUAUUCCGUCAUGCCACAGAUGACAAAGAAUUCAUCCAGAAGGACGGCAUUGUUUACAUCAGCCGCUUCGUCCCCGACGUCGAACUCAAUGCCUUAUUCAGACAUCGCAUGACUCCAGACUCUAUGAAGCUGGUCCCUCUUAGGGAGGUUGGCCCAGCUAAGUUAUCUAUCGGUCAGGUUGGGAUGACCGAUACCAUUCACUUCCAGCAAAUCUCAGAGCGAAAGACGACGCCUCCUGCCGGCUUCGUGGAUGUCGAUCUCCGCGCCAUUGGCCUCAAUGCAAAAGACGUUUACGCGCUCAAUGGCCGGGCUGAAACUCGAUCGGCUACAACUGCGCUCGACUUUGGAGGUGUUAUCUCAGCUGUUGGCCCAGGUAUCGAGCAUCUCAAGGUGGGAGACCGUGUGGCUGGCUUUAUUCCUAAUCAUUUCGGGACAACCGAAAGAGUUACUGUGCAGGCCGUCCACAAGAUGCUGCCAGAGGAAGAAUUUACCGUUUUGCCUACUCUCUUGACUGUUUAUUGCACUGCUCUGGUUGCUCUCCGUGACCGAGCUCAUCUUCGCGCUGGCGAGUCCAUCUUGAUUCAUUCUGGCGCUGGCGCCUUUGGUCUCGCCGCCAUCACUAUGGCCAAGUAUAUGGGCGCUACAGUCUUUGCAACUGUCGGUUCGCACUCGAAGCGCGAGUACCUCAUCAAAGAGAUGGGUGUUCCAACCGAAAACAUCUUCAACUCGCGCAGCGCCUCUUUCAUGGAAGACAUCCUGGCAGCCACCGGUGGUCGGGGCGUCAACGUCAUCGUCAACUCCCUCGUCGGUGACUUGAUGCACGCCUCUUGGUCCUGCAUUGCUCCAUUUGGUCGCUUUGUGGAGAUUGGCAAACGCGAGCUCAUUGACGCAGGGAAGCUUGAUAUGCGCGUCUUCUUGAAGAAUGCUACCUUUACUGCCUUUGAUCUGUCCGAAUUCUUCUACGCUGAGGACAGCUACUACCAAGAUAUCGUGUAUGGCUACACCGCCGAAGUGAUUGAAAUGUAUCGCGCCGGCAUCAUCAAGGCCUCUCCCAUCGCAACCUUUGAUGUUGCUGAGAUUGGUCAAGCGUAUCGAUACUUUGGCAACAAGGAUCGGGUGGGUAAAGUUGUUGUUUCGAUGGAGAAUUCCAGGAGCCUCAUCCAAGUCGUGCCGGCAUCCUACCAGUCAGUGUUUCAUCCUGAAAAGACUUACUUGCUCGUCGGCUGUCUUGGUGGUCUCGGCCGCAGUCUCAGCCGCUGGAUGAUGUCUCGCGGUGCCCGCAAGUUUUGUUUCCUUGGACGUUCAGGAUGCGAUAAGCCCAGUGCCGCUGAGCUAGUGAACCGUCUCCGAGAUGCCGGAGCCAGUGUCACCGUAGUCCGUGGAGAUGUGUCUAACGAAGACCAGGUUCGUGAAGCUGUCGCAGCUUGUUCAAAGAAGGGCCCAAUUGGCGGUGUUGUUCAAGCGGCCAUGGGUCUCAGUGAAGCUCUCUUCUCCGUCAUGACUAAUAAAGCAUGGCACACUGGUAUCCAACCCAAGUGGAAAGGUUCCUGGAACUUGCAUCACGCUCUGGAAGGCCAUGAUGCUGACCUUGACUUCUUCCUCUUGACUUCGUCCAUUUCUGGUAGCUGCGGUACUGCUACAGAGAGCAAUUACUGUUCCGCCAAUGGUUUCCUUGAUUCGUUUGCCAGGUGGCGCCGCUCUCAAGGCAAGCCUGCGGUGUCAGUCGGCCUUGGUAUGAUAUCAGAGGUUGGUUACCUGCAUGAGAAUCCCGACAUUGAGGCCAUGCUCCUCCGUAAGGGCAUCCAGCCUCUCAACGAGGACGAGUUCCUUCAAGUAUUAGAUUAUGGUAUAUCUGGUCCUGGUAGCGACAGCGAAUUUGGCCGUGGCGUGUCCAUGACCAGCGAAUCCGCCCACAUCUUGACCGGCCUGGAGUCCUAUGGUGUCCGCAAAUUGAUGGCUCAGGGAUUCGAGGUCAACAACGGCGUGAUGGAUGAGUCUCGCACAUCUAUCCUUGCCGCAUCUCUACUCUCAGAGAAAGAUGCUAAAGAAGAGGAAAAGGGUGCAGAUGUUGGCCAGCUCCUCGCCGCCGCUGAAUGGGUCAAGGACGUCCCCGCCAAUGCGCUCUCUAUGUUGAUACCCGAAGCCAGCGCGCCUACGAUGCUAGAUGCUAUCCUACGCCUCACUAAGAAGCGCUUCAGUAACUUGAUUUUGAUGCAGCUGGAUGCAGUAGAUGAUAGUGCUCCUCUCCCAUCCUUUGGCGUCGACAGCAUGCUUGCGGCAGAAUUCAGAACCUGGUUCUUCAAUACCUUCAAGAUUGAUGUACCAUUCCUUGACAUUGUCAGUCCUCAAAAGUCUCUGCAUACACUGGCGGAAUUUAUAGAAGAGAAGCUAGUUGCCAGCUGGGCCAGUUGA